AAUAUGUCUGCCGUCGUUUACGUUCCCUGAACAAAAACACGAGUGGUGGAGAAUGGCAGACGGCGGAGUGGACGAGCUUUCGCAGCUUGAGUAUUUGUCCUUGGUGUCCAAAGUCUGCACGGAGCUUGACAACCAUCUGGGAAUAAGCGACAAAGAUCUAGCUGAAUUUGUCAUCAGCCUCGCCGAGAAACAACCGAGUUUCGAUGGAUUCAAAGCUCUGUUGCUCCAAAAUGGAGCCGAAUUCACAGAUUCGCUCAUCAGCAACUUGCUCAGGCUCAUUCAGACGAUGCGACCUCCAUCCAAGGCAUCAACGAGUAAAGUAUCUGAGCCGAAGCCAAAGUCAGAAAAGGACAAGCUUAAGGAGCUGUUUCCUGCUCUGUGUCGACCCAAUGACCCGGCUCCAAAGAAGCUGCUGGAUGAAGACGACGUGAAAGUCGCAGCUGACGCCAUGAAAGAGCUGGAAAUGUUCAUGCCCAGCGUCAGUGGGACGGACUCCAAAGUCAGCAAGAGCAAGACAGAAAAAAGCCGCAGAAGUCGCAGCCGAAGCAGAGACCGAGACCGGGACAGACACCGGGAUCGGGAUCGGGAGAAGGACAGGAAGAGGCGCCACCGCUCCCGAUCGCGGUCCAGAUCCAGGUCUCGCUCCAGAGACCGGGACCGCCACAGAGAACGAGACAGAGAUCGCGAUCGCGGCAAAAGAAGAGACAAAUCCUCCCGCUGGUCCGAUCGCUCGCCCAGUCCCAGGAAAGACCAAGACAGAGACUCCGACCGCUGGAAGGACAAACAUGUGGACCGGCCUCCACCUGAGGAGCCUUCUGUCGGCGACAUCUACAACGGAAAGGUCACCAGCAUCAUGCAGUUCGGAUGCUUUGUUCAGCUGGAGGGACUCAGUACUUCAGACGUGGACCAGGAGACAGGAGAAGACCUGAACCCCAACAGGAGGAGGAACGUGGGCCCGGACGGAGGUGAGGAAAUCUCCAUGAGGAACCCCGACCGGCCGAGCAACCUGAACCUGGGCCACGCCCCCGAGCUGGAGCAGGACGACACCCUGGAGCGCAAGAGGCUCACCAAGAUCUCCGACCCUGAGAAGUGGGAGAUCAAACAGAUGAUCGCUGCCAAUGUGCUCUCCAAAGAAGAGUUCCCUGAUUUUGAUGAUGAGACGGGAAUCCUUCCAAAAGUCGAUGAUGAAGAAGAUGAAGAUUUGGAAAUCGAGCUGGUGGAAGAAGAGCCGCCGUUCCUGAGAGGACACACCAAACAGAGCAUGGACAUGAGCCCCGUCAAGAUUGUCAAGAAUCCAGAUGGCUCGCUGUCCCAGGCAGCCAUGAUGCAGAGCGCCUUGGCCAAGGAGAGACGAGAGCUGAAGCAGGCGGCACGUGAGGCGGAAAUGGACUCCAUCCCCAUGGGCCUGAACAAACACUGGGUCGACCCGCUACCAGACGCCGACGGGAGGCAGAUCGCUGCCAACAUGAGGGGCAUUGGCAUGAUGCCUAACGACAUCCCAGAGUGGAAGAAACACGCCUUCGGAGGCAACAAGGCGUCCUAUGGAAAGAAGACGCAGCUCUCCAUCCUGGAGCAGAGGGAGAGUCUGCCCAUCUACAAGCUGAAGGAGCAGCUCAUUCAGGCUGUUCAUGACAACCAGAUCCUGAUCGUCAUCGGAGAAACCGGUUCUGGUAAAACCACGCAGAUCACCCAGUACUUGGCCGAGGCCGGCUACACCACCAGGGGGAAGAUCGGCUGCACGCAGCCUCGUCGUGUUGCCGCCAUGUCGGUGGCCAAGAGAGUGUCUGAGGAGUACGGUUGUUGUCUGGGACAGGAGGUGGGCUACACCAUCCGUUUUGAGGACUGCACCAGUCCCGAGACGGUGAUCAAGUACAUGACGGACGGUAUGCUGCUGAGAGAGUGUCUGAUCGACUCGGAGCUGGGCCAGUACGCCAUCAUCAUGCUGGAUGAAGCCCACGAGAGGACGAUCCACACCGACGUUCUGUUUGGCCUCCUCAAGAAGACCGUCCAGAAGCGCACGGACAUGAAGCUGAUCGUGACGUCGGCCACGUUGGACGCCGUCAAGUUCUCUCAGUAUUUCUACGAAGCGCCCAUUUUCACCAUCCCGGGCAGAACGUAUCCGGUGGAGGUUCUGUACACCAAAGAACCUGAGACGGACUACCUGGACGCCAGCCUCAUCACCGUCAUGCAGAUCCAUCUGACCGAGCCUCCAGGUGACAUUCUGGUGUUUUUAACCGGUCAGGAGGAGAUCGACACCGCCUGCGAGAUCCUGUACGAGAGGAUGAAGUCGCUGGGGCCCGACGUCCCCGAGCUGAUCAUUCUGCCGGUUUAUUCCGCUCUGCCCAGCGAGAUGCAGACCAGGAUCUUCGACCCUGCACCCCCCGGCAGCAGAAAGGUCGUCAUUGCCACAAACAUCGCAGAGACGUCUCUGACCAUCGAUGGAAUCUACUAUGUGGUGGACCCCGGCUUCGUCAAGCAGAAAGUGUACAACUCCAAGACUGGCAUCGACCAGCUGGUGGUGACGCCCAUCUCACAGGCUCAGGCCAAGCAGAGGGCGGGUCGCGCCGGCAGAACCGGACCUGGGAAGUGUUACAGGUUGUACACAGAGAGAGCCUACAGGGACGAGAUGCUGACGACCAACGUCCCUGAGAUCCAGAGAACCAACUUGGCCAGUACGGUGCUGUCUCUGAAGGCGAUGGGCAUCAACGACCUCCUGUCCUUCGACUUCAUGGACGCUCCUCCUAUGGAGACUCUGAUCACAGCCAUGGAGCAGCUCUACACUCUGGGAGCUCUGGACGACGAAGGUCUGCUCACCCGACUGGGGAGGAGGAUGGCCGAGUUUCCUCUGGAGCCGAUGCUCUGUAAGAUGCUCAUCAUGUCCGUCCAUCUGGGCUGCAGUGAGGAGAUGCUCACCAUCGUGUCAAUGCUGUCUGUGCAGAACGUCUUCUACAGGCCGAAGGACAAGCAGGCCUUGGCCGACCAGAAGAAGGCGAAGUUCCACCAGCCGGAGGGAGACCACCUGACCCUGCUGGCCGUCUACAACUCCUGGAAGAACAACAAGUUCUCCAACCCCUGGUGCUACGAGAACUUCAUCCAGGCUCGCUCGCUGCGCAGAGCUCAGGACAUCCGCAAGCAGAUGCUGGGGAUCAUGGACAGGCACAAGCUGGACGUGGUGUCUUGCGGUAAAGCCACGGUGCGAGUCCAGAAAGCCAUCUGCAGCGGUUUCUUCAGGAACGCAGCCAAAAAGGAUCCUCAGGAGGGCUACAGAACCCUGAUAGACCAGCAGGUGGUGUACAUCCACCCGUCCAGCGCUCUGUUCAACCGGCAGCCUGAGUGGGUCGUGUACCACGAGCUGGUGCUGACCACUAAAGAGUACAUGCGGGAGGUGACCACCAUCGACCCUCGCUGGCUGGUGGAGUUCGCGCCGGCCUUCUUCAAGGUGUCCGACCCGACGCGCCUCAGCAAGCAGAAGAAGCAGCAGCGCCUGGAGCCGCUGUACAACCGAUACGAGGAGCCCAACGCCUGGAGAAUCUCCAGAGCCUUCAGGCGCCGCUGAUGUCUGCAACGACGGCACAAACACCCGGAUGUUCGGGCGGCGGUGAAGAAGUCAGAUGUCUGGUGUUGGAUCCUGCUGGUUGACAGUUUCAGCACUUUCCCCCAACAGUUAAAGUUAAAAUCACGGUCUGUCUGGGUUUAGGAGGCAGUUUCAGCGUCAUUAUCUGAGGAAAAAACCCGGACCUAUUUACUUUUUAAAGCACUAGAACAGAAACAAAAAGAAAAACUUUCACAUCUGUGCAUUGAGACGGCGGUUUUUAAGGUAAAGAGAGGAAAACAUGCAAAACAUUGUAUAUUUAUUUCACCUGUAAAUUGUAAUGUUGUGCCUAAAUAAGCGCGUUUUAGUGAAGCUUUUAUGUUUUACCAAGUUAAACUCCCCCCCUUUUGUUUUCUUCUUUUGUCACUCCUAAAGGCUUGAGCAACGUGUAUGUUUGAUAAAUUUUGUACGAUAACUCGGGAAAGUUUCACCAUUCAGUGAUCUGUGAGAAUGCGUCCUCAUUAAAAGCCACAUUUUCUCAAA